UGUCCAAAGAUGUCUGCUACCAGGUACCGUCGGUUCCUGAAGCUGUGUGAGGAAUGGCCAAGGGACGAGUUCAAGAAAGGCCGUGAUUUGGGAACAUUUCUGCGGCAGAGAGUAGCUGUAGCCUUCCGUGAGGGUGAAAACACACAGAUCUCAGAUCCAGAGAAGUGCGACCAGAUGUAUGAAAGUUUGGUCCGCAUCAACAGUAACGUAUACAAACAACGAUUUCCUCGUGUAAGGGACACAAGCUUUACCGGAGUCACAGUGGAAGAGUGUAAAGUGAUUUUGUCAGGGAGUUUGCAACAGAUGGACGAUGAAAAAAAGGGCUUGUGGAAAACAAUAAUGGAGAGAUUCUCCAAAUCACCAGAAGACUCGCUGGAGAAAGCUCCUGAAAAAUAAAUCUUUUCUUUCUUUUCUUUUUCUCACCGCAUGUACAGAAAUAAAGUUUAUUGUUGUGGUA